AUGGUUGGUGCACUCCGAUGGGUCUGGCACGAUCUCGCGUCAAAACAGCUAAAAGUAUUUAUGAUAGUGUCUCUGUUUCUCUGUCAUUUAAAUCAUCUCAAUAUGGACACUAUAAAACAGAGCUGGCGCCAGAUUUCGUCGGAUGAUCGCAUAUCGACUGUGUGUCUUUUAGAACUCCUUGAAGGUAUUCACCGCCAGACAGGUGCUGAGCUGGUGACACCGAUCUCGCGGACGCGUUUCAUGGAGUUUAUCAAGGCUAACAAAGGAUCCAAGGUGGACAUGCACGAAUUUCUAAGGUUGUAUCAGCGAUUUACAGGGAACAGUCUCUUGGGAAUUUUGGAGAAACCCAGCGGGUUCACACGCAGUUCUCUGAGUUCUGGUUCUGUGGGGUACCAGGAUCUGAAUGAGCUGGUAGAACUGGCGAAUAGAAAUGGCGAAUUGAUCAAGCAAAUCAAGGAGACUACAGGGUCCGUUAAGAACAAUGCCAGUCUGGCUACGCGAUUGAGAACACGGCUUUCGCCGGAUCUGAAAUCGGGGAAUCUGUAUCGGUAUAUUGGGUUGAUGCUGGUUAUCACGUAUAUUGUCUUGGCUGUUUUGGAUCUGCUUUGA